CCAUUUCCCACCCCUUUCCCUCCCUUCCUCCGAUCACCACGCUCCCCCUUCCCUCUGCUCCUUCUCAAUUCCAAGCACUUCACGAGCCUUAAGCCAAGAUGAACAGCGCGGCCGAGACGGACGCCGGCGGCUACAACGGCAGCCCGGCCGCCCCGGUGCUGGUGGUGGAGCGCGUGGUGACGGUGGAGUACCUUGAGCAGUCCAUGUCGCGGGGCCUCCUCGGCAAGUUCCCCGACUCCUCCGCCUACGACUUCGACUACUGCCAGAGCGGCAUCUGGUCCCCGGUCAACAAGAUCCCGAGCGAGUCGCCGGCCUCCGGCUCCAGAGACUUCCUCAUCGCCAAGCUGAAGCGCCGGGCGAGGGCCGGGAGCAGGCUCAAGGACGCUGCCGGCGGAGGCGGCAGCAGGUCGAGGUGGCGGCGCCGGCGGCUGCGGCGGGACGGCUCUUUCCUCGACCUCCACGACACCGGCAGGGCGAAGCUGGACUUGUCGCCGCCGCUGCCAUCGCCUGCCCCCACCAAGGAGGGGUGGAGGAGGGUGCUCACGGCGGCCAUCAGGAAGUUCAAGGCGCGGCACCGCCGGUCCCGGCCGGCUCCCCUGCUCCAGAUGAUGCUUCCAAUGCUCUGAUCCGUCGACCGAUCGAUCGAUCGCGCCCGCGACUUCCUUGUUCUUCUGUUUGAUUAUUGAUCGAUGAGUUCGAGCGUAUUGUACAACAGAUUAGAUCGUCAGAUCGAUGGUUUGUAAGUUGUCUGUCAUGUAACUAUCACCAGUUAAGUUUCUCCAUUCAGUUUGCGUCCUA